CGGAGUCCGAGUGGGUUCCCGUUAAGUCAUGUAUGUCCCUGAUGUGUCCGCGGGCCCUCCCAAGCAAGCUCCUAGUCCCAUGUCUUGCUUGCCAAUUGCUCCUUUCCCCCAGACUGAUCCCCUUCCCGUUGACCUUACCCCCCCGAGAAGCACAAGAGAAGAGAAACCCGGCCUUUUGUCAACCCGUCUCUUUUCUUGUACACUCCCUCCCCCAGACCUGACCGGCAUUCUGAUUCCUGUCUGUCAAGUCAGUCCAGGCUCUUGGACGUCUGUGUUUGGGUGCCACUUGUGCAAAAGCUCCUCCUGUUGGAUGACAUAUCGGUCGAUGCUCCUGUGCUACGACUCCUCCUACAUGUACUAAGCGGGUCGACUUCUUUUUUUCCUUCGAUCCUAAUACUUCUUCCCUUUACAUCACCACCCACAUUCGUUUUUCAACCAAAACGUCCGUCCAAGUCUCGAGCUGAACUUGGCGGAAGAGAAAAGAGAAGGGAGAGCGAGACGCGCGGGGAUUCACUAUUGUUCCUGUUUUACCUGCGACCCAGCCUCUUACACGCACUCUGGCUGUCCCUUUGGUUUCGGCACGCACACAACGUUUCCGCCCUAGACACGCUAUUCACUCAUUCAUUCCAGCCGUCGGUUGGUCAACACCGCAAUCAUGAUGGGGGGACACGGAAGACCGCAGCAGGGUCAGGAUUACCCCGAGGGGGAAAUGGUGGAAAUUGAUGUUCUUCAAGGACAUCAUCACCCUCACCAAAAUCAAUAUCAGCCGCCGUAUCAAAACAACAACCAGCAGAUGCAGCAGAACCAGCAAUACCAACAACCUCAGUACCAGGAGCAAUACCAGGAGUACUCUCAAAACCCGUAUGGUAGCCCGUACCAGAACGAACCGACCCAGUCCCAGGAGCAAUUCGGACGCGCCCUGACGAACAACGCACCUUCUCCGUACCAGCAACAGGAAGGGUUCCAGCCGCCGUACAACCAACAACAACAGUACCAGCAGCCUCACGCUGUCUCCGGGGACGAGUUGUACGGACCUCCCGGUUGGGCCAACCGUCACUCGAUAGGCAUGGCUGGCGCACCUUCAAUCGGACCCUCGAUCUCGGGGAUGGACACGCCGGUCGAGUCCCGCUCAGCGACGCCUACGCUGAAGAGCGGCGCGAACACGCCGUUUGAUCAUUUGGCUGCCCCGAGGCAUCCGUGGUCGACCGACUCGACGCCUAACAGCCCUAUGAACCAGAGCCACCAAAGUUUGCAAAACUUGCUCCCCGGACAGGCCUCGCCGGUCCUCGCCAAGGAGUGGGUUGAGGGCAGCGACCAGAUCGCAAGACUUCACAAGCGCGACGACUCCGACAUCUGGGGCGGCUGGAAGCGCCACGUCUUCCGCAUGGUUCCUAUUCUCACCGUCCUCGCUACCGGAAUGUACCUCGUCUACCUCGCCCUCCGUAUCUACUGCGUCAUCUCUGCUCAACAACUCGCCAAGGAAAUCUACGCCCAGGCCUGGGUUUUCAUCGCUGUCGAAGUUGCUGUUGCCAUUCCCUCAAUUAUGCACAACAUCUGGACCAUGUGGUCUAUGAAGAAGCGCCAGCGCCCCAAGUUGAGACUCAUGGGCGAGGAUGUUCCCACCGUCGAUGUUUUGCUCACUUGCUGCGGUGAAGAGGAUGAUUUGGUUCUCGACACUGCCCGCGCCGCCUGCGACGUUGAUUACCCCCGCGACCGGUUCCGUGUCAUUAUUUGCGAUGACGGCAAAUCCGAAGGUCUGGAGAACGGUAUUGCGGCCUUGGCCAUGACUUACCCCAAUGUUCACUACCUCUGCCGCCCCAAGUAUCCUGGUGUUCCACACCACUUCAAGGCCGGUAACCUGAAUUACGCCCUCGACUUUGUCCACACGAUGCCCGGCGGCGCUGGCCAGUUCAUGGCUGCUCUCGAUGCUGAUAUGAUCCCCGAGCGCGACUGGCUCCGUGCCAUUCUGCCUCACAUGCUCAUUGACCCCAAGGUGGCCCUCGCCUGCCCCCCGCAGCUGUUCUACAACACCCCGCCAUCCGAUCCCCUCGCCCAGUCCCUCGACUUCUUCGUUCACGUCAUUGAGCCCAUCAAGGACGCCCUCGGCGUCGCCUGGUGCACCGGUUCCGGCUACUGCGUCCGUCGUGAGGCCCUGGAUGAGAUAGGAAACUUCCCUCUCGGCUCUCUGGCUGAGGAUGUUGCUACUUCGACAUUGAUGCUUGGAAAGGGCUGGAAGACGGCCUACAUCCACGAGCCCCUCCAGUUCGGCACUGUCCCCGAGGAUUAUGGCGGCCAUCUCAAGCAGCGUACUCGCUGGGCCAUCGGUACUGUAGACACAUCGUUCAAGCUCAACUUCUGCUUGUACGGUGAGAAGGUCAAGCAGAUGACGGCUGCGCAGCGUUUCUCUGGUUUCCUUUACGCCACACUCAGUCUGUACACUAUUCUCCUGACCCUUUCCAUGUUCGCCAUCCCGAUUAUCCUGGUCAUGGGCAAGCCCCUGGUCGCCUACGCCAACUAUGAGCAGCUCCGCUGGCUCAUUCGCGCCUGUUUCGCCGCCACGCUCACCAACCGUUUGUGCGAGUUUGCUCUCUUCAUCCCCGCGGGCUACCACACCGGCCAGCGCGGUUCUCGUUAUCAGCUUUGGAUGUCUCCGUACAUCGCGCUUUGCAUCAUUCGCUCAUUCAUCCUCCCCACCUGGCUCGGUGGCCAGACGCAGGCCUUCAAGCCCACCGGAUCCCUCGGCUCCGCCCUCAAUGAGCGCGACCCCAAGAACCGCAAGGGCAUGUUCCGCCGCCUUUGGGGUAUCCUCUUCAACUACAUGGCAAUCUUCCACCUGGCUUUCGUCUACCUCACCCUUGUCGGCGUGGUUCUCACCUCGUACCGCUGCUUCUACGUUAACGAUGAGCUCCGCGAUAUCCUGAUGUGCCUCAUCACCCACGCCUUCUGGCCGCCCCUGACUUUCAUCUUCAUCUGCAGUUCGCUCUGGACGCCGAUCGCCUACGCCAUUGACCCGCCGAACAUGCCGGACCGCGAGCAGCUCCUCGAGCGCGACCCCAAGACCUUUGUCGCCCACCCGACACCCCAGAGCAAGAAGAUUGCCUUUGGCGGCCAGGCUGCGUGGUUCGAGACCGAGUUGACCGUCACCUCAGCCUACACGAUCCUCGUCUUCGUCCUCUCCUUCAUCUACUAGAUUGCUUCAAACCAACUCAUAGCAUCGUUGUUUUAUCACACACACAUAACGCGCGGGACAGGCGGCGCCUACGGGACGCGCUUAACAUUUGCAAACGGCACACACAAUGUGUGCACAUCACAGACGUACAAAACCAAAGAUGACUGUUACGAUAAUGUAAUGCCUGUAACUACUGCACAUAGAUCAGUAUAGAAUUACGCAACAAUAAGGGGGGCGCGGAAUAUGUCAUCAUCAUCUAACCCUGCUGGAAGGGAAAUCAGGGUCAACAAACAUUAUACAUAUUUCUCAUC